AUGCGGGAGGGGACGGCGGUGACGUCACGGCGGGCGGGUGAGGGCGGUGAUGGCGGUGACGUCACGGCGAUGGCGGGCCCGGGCCGGCCGCUCCCCUCAGGGGCCUCCUCCAAGUGGGACAUCCGGGAGAAGGUGUGGGAGCACCUGGAGGCCUCCGGCCUGGCCGAGUUCCCGCGGCCCGUGCGCGGCCGCAUCCCCAACUUCAAGGGCGCUUCCCAUGCUGCCACGAGGCUCCUGGGCUUGCAGGCUUUCCAGGCUGCCUGUACAGUAAAAAUAAACCCCGAUGCUCCCCAGAGGAACGCCCGCUUCCUAACGCUGGAAAUAAGUGCAAGGAAGACUUUGCUGGUUCCCACACCACGUCUGAGGAGUGGGCUGUUCAAUAGGAUUGUUCCCCCUCCGGGUGCAACCAAGGAGAUCCUGAGAAGAUGUGCCACGUCUCAGGGUGUCAAAGACUACAGCGUGCCUGUGGGGCUGGAUGGGAAAGCACAAGUGGACUUGGUUGUUGUGGGAUCAGUGGCUGUCUCUGAAAAAGGCUGGAGAAUAGGCAAAGGGGAGGGUUAUGCAGACAUGGAAUAUGCAAUGAUGGUGUCCAUGGGUGCAGUGCAGGAGGACACACCUGUGGUUACCAUUGUGCACGACUGCCAGGUGCUUGACAUAGCAGAGGAGCUCCUGGAUGAUCAUGAUUUAACUGUGGAUUACAUCCUCACUCCAACCAGGAUUAUCCAGACUAAUUGCAAACGACCAAAACCUCAGGGAAUAAUGUGGCACAAGGUCAGCUCUGAGAUGCUGGGAAAAAUCCCCAUCCUAAAGACUCUUCGAAGCAGGGAGAAGCAGGCUGGCAAAGAUGUCACCCUCCAAGAUGAACAUCCAGCCUUGGCAAACACCAACAGAGCAGCAGUUUCAAACAAGAAGGUGAUGGCUGCAAAUACCCAGCCAUGGGCUGCUCCAGACUCAGCUCCAGUGGGACAGCCCUAUGUGGAAAGUGAUCCUGUAAAUCCCAAAUCGGAGGGAUCUGACACAAUUAUCACUGUGUAUGUGGGGAACUUGCCUGGCAGCCUGAGAGUGAGCGAGCUGAAGAGUGCUCUGAGGGAAUUGCAGCUGAUUCCUGCUCGACUGAGCUGGCAGGGAGCACAGCACAGAGCUUUCCUGGAUUACAGGGAUCCGGGAACUGCAGACAGAGCUGUGUCCUCCUUGCAGGGCCUGAGCCUUGGGGGCAGUGCUCUGAGAGCAGAGCUGGCCAAGAAUCAGAGGAGCAAAGGGCAAGGAGAAAUCAAUAGUCACAAAUGAGUGUGGAGGAGAAUUAAAAACAAACAGGCAAAAAGGUGUUUUCAUUGUUUUGUGAGAAGCCAACCUGAAGUUGUAAGGUUUUUAGUAACCCUCAGGUUUAACAAGAACAAAUUUAUGCACAAACCUUCCUCACUCCUGCACUUGGACAUGCAAAGGUUUGUCCCCACAGGUGACAGAGGAGCCAUUUCUCUAGAAACAAUUGCCCACAAAGUACCCACACUCUGGUUUUGGUGCUGUUUGGUGGGUUUUUUUUAAGCCUGGCUUAAAGCCCUGCUCUUUGGCACCUGCAGCAAGGUGGUUCCAGUCAGUCAUUUAAGGUUAGACCUGCCCCUUUAUACCUGUGAGGUUAAAAGCUAGCAACAGGAAAUCUGUCCUAGGGGUAACAAUUCUGUUUCCUGAAAAAUGGGCUUUGCCUGUUGAGAGUUUUGAAUUUAUUUUUUAUAAAAAUUGCCAGGGAGAGAGAGAGAGACUGUCUUUCUGUGCUUGAAGUGUUGCUGUGGAAACACUGGCUUAGUUCUAGUUCUAGUAAGAGCUGGAAACAUCAAGUGGGAAAGAUGGGAAACCUUCUCUGAGCCUUCUGCUACAUCAGCCCUUGGUAAACCUUAGAUUUCUUAUUUCUGAGGAAAGCAAAUCCCAGUUUUCUCUGCUUUCCCCCAAAACUGCCUUUCUGAUGGAUGAGAUAAUUAUAAAAUAGCUGCUUUUCCUGAUUGUCUCUUAUAAUGGGCCGUGAUUCCUUUGUCUCUGUGAAAUAUUAGUAUUUAUUAGUAUUACUCGAAAUGAAAAGCAGGCACACCAUGGUCAGAACUUGGUGCUUAGUCAGGCAUGGAAUUUUUUGUGAAUUUGCUGGAGGUAGUAGCAAAGCCUCUGUGCCUUUGUCACCAUCCCUGAUGGUGUAAUGGCCAAUAAUGAUUUAUCUGCUAUGGCUCUUUCUACUUUUUUUUUUUUUUCCCCUCUUGGGUUUCCUAGUCCUGAAAUACAAGUUGAGUUUUGGCCCAGCCAUCUUUUCUAAACAGAAGCACUUUAGCCAGUGAUGCUGGGCACAUAGUCAAAGUAAGCAUCUAAAUGGAUUUUUUUUUAAAGUAAGAGUUGGAAACUUUAUUUUUUUUAUUUUUUUUUUCUUUUAGCCAGGGAGUACUGUUAAGUGUAUUUUAAACAGAUUAUUAUGCCUGGAGGCUCAGACAUUUAUUCAGUAUUAAAUUAAAAGUUUUCAUCAUCAUCAUGUGGCUCUGUAGGAAAGGCUCAAGGAAAGCUUUGGAGCUGCAUCUCGCCCUGGGAUCCCAGCACAGGAAGGACCUGGAGCUGUUGAACAGAGUCCAGAGGAGGCACCAACAUGAGCAGAGAGAUGGAGCAGCUCUGCUGGGAGGAAAGGUAGAGAAAAUUGGGAUUGUUCAGCCUGGAGGAAGGAAGGCUUAGGGCUGAGCUCAUCGUGGCUUCCCAAAUGGAAGUGACUCCUCCUCCCGAUGGAGAGGGACAUUGCACAGGGGGAAUGGCUUCAAAGAUAGGAUAUUAGGGAGAAAUCCUGCCCUGGGAGGGUGCUCAGGCCCUGGCACAGGGUGCCCAGAGCAGCUGUGGCUGACCCUGGAGCCCUGGAAGUGUCCAAGGCCAGGCUGGACAGGGCUUGGAGCAGCCUGGGACAGUGGAAGGUGUCCUUGUUCCCACCACAGGGGUUGGAACAAGGUGAUCUUUCAAAUCCCUUCCAACCCAAACCAUUCUGUCAUCCUGUGAACUUCUUGUUAAGUCAGCAAAGGAUCUGGAAAAAAUCAUUCUGUUCUUUGUACAGCUCCAAAUGAUGUCCAGUAUCACCGAGUCCAAAUGCAGACAAGCACUGCACAACCCUCUGGGUCUCAUUUCAGGGCUUGUGCAUUCAAGGCUGAGAGUCAGGGUUGUGUUACUACCCAAACACACUCACUGCAUCAUCAGGUUCCAAAGCAGAGGAAAGAAAAGCAAAAAAAAAUAAUUAUCCAUCCCUGCCUGCCUCUUCCAAAUGAUGGCAAAUUGAGUAAUGGGAUCAUUUGCUAUUCCUUUUGACUCUGGGAUAUUUCGUGCUCUGCUGAAGAUGUCCAGGUGACCUUAGCAGUUAAAAGCCAAUGACUCUGCCAACAACAACUUCCAGCAUCUCAAACUUCCCCUGUUGCAUUUCAGGUGGAGGCACCCUUUUCUGGUCACAUUUGUGGGAAUCACAUCCUCUGCCUUCUUUCCUUUCUUCCCAUCUGAAGUUUCAGAGCAGAUGUGUUUAUGUGUUCUGGAAAUGUGGUAACUUUGCUUGCUUUCCUGUCAGCCCAGCCUGCAGUCAGGGGCCAGUUUUGUUUGGACAAACAUCUGGAUGUUUUUCUGUUUGCAGUUGUGGUUCUGGGUGAAGCCCACAGGUGAGCAGUGUCAAAAAUCUUGGCUCUUUCCAGCCUGUCACUUUUUUCUGUCAUGUAUUUCAAGGCCACAUUUCACUGCAUUUACCCAGUGUCCUGUUGGCUUUCCCAGUUGAGAGUUAAACUCCAAACCAUGCUAUGAGGAGAUGCUAACUAGGGGUAUGCAAAUAUGAAAUCAGGAGGAAUUUCUGCAUGGAAAGGGUUGUCAGAAAUUGGAAGGGGCUGCCCAGGGGGGUGGUGGAGGUGUCCAAGGAGAAGCUGGACAUGGCACUCAGUGCUCUGGGCUGGUGGCAAGGUGGGCAUGGGUCACAGAUUGGAUUUGAUUAUCCUAGAGCUCUUUUUCAACUUUUAUGAUUCUGUGAACUGUAGUUAGGAAGAAAAAGAAUUACUGUAAGCUUAAGCUUAUUGACAUUGUGAAUGGACUGGAAAAAUGCUGCAGUGACCCUUGUAUUUUUGAUCCAGGUUAUUAAUAAAUGUCAAGGUCUUUCA